CAAAUUACACAGAAAUUAUAUAUACGUAUUCAAUGAGCGAUAUUGUUUUGUUCGCUUCAGUUCAUCGGGCGGUUCUGAUUUAGUUGUAUAUAUUUCAAAAAAUGAAUUCAAAAGUCAUCGUUCUGAUUAUUGCAAUGUCUGGUUUGGUGCAAUGCUCGAAAGACGCUGUAUGCAGUCUGGAGCCCUUCGUCCCAGGACCUUGCGUUGAACUCACCAUCCUUUAUUCCUAUAUAAACGACCGAAACGACUGCAUAUUCUGGCAGGGCUGCCCGCUAGAUGGUAAUAAUUUCAUCAGCAAAGAUGAAUGCGAAGCUCGGUGUAAGGACUAGACCUCUGCUAUAUAACACGAGAUGAAAGAUUUAAUGCAGAAAACCCCUUCCUCACGUGGGUUAAACUGAAUUAAAUCACAUAAUAUGAAUCGAAUUAUGUUUCAGAUUUGUUUUGAAUUGGGAAUAAACUAAGAAAUAGA